GCUUCCACAACACACGAUGCAUCGCCUCCUUCCGCACCUGUUGCCACCGGCGCAUGCGGCAGUGCCCCUCGAUGUGCUCCUCGACAUGACCUCGGGCGACGACGAGUCCAUCAACGAGGCCGACCUUCUGGGCCCCGCGACGCCACUGGACUUCCUGGAUUUAGACGCGACCAAGAGCCGGCGCCUCUGUCGAGCGACCGGCUGCGAGAAGCGAUCGCGCUCCCACGGUUUGUGCAUCGCGCACGGAGGCGGGCGUCGCUGCGCCGCCGACGGCUGCCCGCGGUCGAGCCAAGGUGGCAACUUUUGCAUCAAGCAUGGCGGUGGCAAGCGCUGCAAGAUCCAAGGGUGCAACAAAGCGGCCCAGUCGGCGAUGCUGUGCAAAGCCCAUGGCGGCGGCCCGCGCUGCGCAGCGCCCAACUGCCAACGAAGCUCCCAAGGAGGCGGCCACUGCCGAUCGCAUGGCGGUGGCAAGCGAUGCUCCGUCGAGGGCUGUGAGAAAGGCGCCCAGCGCGGCCAGUUUUGUACGCUCCACGGCGGCUCGCGGCUCUGCGUCGUGCUCGGCUGCAUGCGCAACGACCGCGGUGGCGGCCUCUGCGCGACGCACGGAGGCGGCAAGCGCUGUUCAGUUGAUUCGUGCGCCCGUCCGUGUCGGCGACAGGGCCUCUGCGCCAUGCACCUUCGCCUCGCAGGCCCAAGUGCUCCGACGACACCUCAAUUAAAGUAGUAUAUAUGUAUUAACGUUCUUAGUCGUAGCAACGCAACACGGACAACUUGUCGUCUCGCUGCUCCGAACGCUGAAGGCAUGGCCGCGGCGCGACCUUGGGCGGUGGUCAUCAGGACCGCGUCACGGGUUGAUCGUAAUCCAGUGGUUUA